AUGAAAGCAGCAGCAACGCCAUACCUUAGCCUCACAGGAAGCAACAAUAGCACUGCAUUACAACAGCACUGCAUUACAACAGCACUGCAUUACAACAGCACUGCAUUACAACAGCACUGCAUUACAACAGCACUGCAUUACAACAGCACUGCAUUACAACAGCACUGCAUUACAACAGCACUGCAUUACAACAGCACUGCAUUACAACAGCACUGCAUUACAACAGCACUGCAUUACAACAGCACUGCAUUACAACAGCACUGCAUUACAACAGCACUGCAUUACAACAGCACUGCAUUACAACAGCACUGCAUUACAACAGCACUGCAUUACAACAGCACUGCAUUACAACAGCACUGCAUUACAACAGCACUGCAUUACAACAGCACUGCAUUACAACAGCACUGCAUUACAACAGCACUGCAUUACAACAGCACUGCAUUACAACAGCACUGCAUUACAACAGCACUGCAUUACAACAGCACUGCAUUACAACAGCACUGCAUUACAACAGCACUGCAUUACAACAGCACUGCAUUACAACAGCACUGCAUUACAACAGCACUGCAUUACAACAGCACUGCAUUACAACAGCACUGCAUUACAACAGCACUGCAUUACAACAGCACUGCAUUACAACAGCACUGCAUUACAACAGCACUGCAUUACAACAGCACUGCAUUACAACAGCACUGCAUUACAACAGCACUGCAUUACAACAGCACUGCAUUACAACAGCACUGCAUUACAACAGCACUGCAUUACAACAGCACUGCAUUACAACAGCACUGCAUUACAACAGCACUGCAUUACAACAGCACUGCAUUACAACAGCACUGCAUUACAACAGCACUGCAUUACAACAGCACUGCAUUACAACAGCACUGCAUUACAACAGCACUGCAUUACAACAGCACUGCAUUACAACAGCACUGCAUUACAACAGCACUGCAUUACAACAGCACUGCAUUACAACAGCACUGCAUUACAACAGCACUGCAUUACAACAGCACUGCAUUACAACAGCACUGCAUUACAACAGCACUGCAUUACAACAGCACUGCAUUACAACAGCACUGCAUUACAACAGCACUGCAUUACAACAGCACUGCAUUACAACAGCACUGCAUUACAACAGCACUGCAUUACAACAGCACUGCAUUACAACAGCACUGCAUUACAACAGCACUGCAUUACAACAGCACUGCAUUACAACAGCACUGCAUUACAACAGCACUGCAUUACAACAGCACUGCAUUACAACAGCACUGCAUUACAACAGCACUGCAUUACAACAGCACUGCAUUACAACAGCACUGCAUUACAACAGCACUGCAUUACAACAGCACUGCAUUACAACAGCACUGCAUUACAACAGCACUGCAUUACAACAGCACUGCAUUACAACAGCACUGCAUUACAACAGCACUGCAUUACAACAGCACUGCAUUACAACAGCACUGCAUUACAACAGCACUGCAUUACAACAGCACUGCAUUACAACAGCACUGCAUUACAACAGCACUGCAUUACAACAGCACUGCAUUACAACAGCACUGCAUUACAACAGCACUGCAUUACAACAGCACUGCAUUACAACAGCACUGCAUUACAACAGCACUGCAUUACAACAGCACUGCAUUACAACAGCACUGCAUUACAACAGCACUGCAUUACAACAGCACUGCAUUACAACAGCACUGCAUUACAACAGCACUGCAUUACAACAGCACUGCAUUACAACAGCACUGCAUUACAACAGCACUGCAUUACAACAGCACUGCAUUACAACAGCACUGCAUUACAACAGCACUGCAUUACAACAGCACUGCAUUACAACAGCACUGCAUUACAACAGCACUGCAUUACAACAGCACUGCAUUACAACAGCACUGCAUUACAACAGCACUGCAUUACAACAGCACUGCAUUACAACAGCACUGCAUUACAACAGCACUGCAUUACAACAGCACUGCAUUACAACAGCACUGCAUUACAACAGCACUGCAUUACAACAGCACUGCAUUACAACAGCACUGCAUUACAACAGCACUGCAUUACAACAGCACUGCAUUACAACAGCACUGCAUUACAACAGCACUGCAUUACAACAGCACUGCAUUACAACAGCACUGCAUUACAACAGCACUGCAUUACAACAGCACUGCAUUACAACAGCACUGCAUUACAACAGCACUGCAUUACAACAGCACUGCAUUACAACAGCACUGCAUUACAACAGCACUGCAUUACAACAGCACUGCAUUACAACAGCACUGCAUUACAACAGCACUGCAUUACAACAGCACUGCAUUACAACAGCACUGCAUUACAACAGCACUGCAUUACAACAGCACUGCAUUACAACAGCACUGCAUUACAACAGCACUGCAUUACAACAGCACUGCAUUACAACAGCACUGCAUUACAACAGCACUGCAUUACAACAGCACUGCAUUACAACAGCACUGCAUUACAACAGCACUGCAUUACAACAGCACUGCAUUACAACAGCACUGCAUUACAACAGCACUGCAUUACAACAGCACUGCAUUACAACAGCACUGCAUUACAACAGCACUGCAUUACAACAGCACUGCAUUACAACAGCACUGCAUUACAACAGCACUGCAUUACAACAGCACUGCAUUACAACAGCACUGCAUUACAACAGCACUGCAUUACAACAGCACUGCAUUACAACAGCACUGCAUUACAACAGCACUGCAUUACAACAGCACUGCAUUACAACAGCACUGCAUUACAACAGCACUGCAUUACAACAGCACUGCAUUACAACAGCACUGCAUUACAACAGCACUGCAUUACAACAGCACUGCAUUACAACAGCACUGCAUUACAACAGCACUGCAUUACAACAGCACUGCAUUACAACAGCACUGCAUUACAACAGCACUGCAUUACAACAGCACUGCAUUACAACAGCACUGCAUUACAACAGCACUGCAUUACAACAGCACUGCAUUACAACAGCACUGCAUUACAACAGCACUGCAUUACAACAGCACUGCAUUACAACAGCACUGCAUUACAACAGCACUGCAUUACAACAGCACUGCAUUACAACAGCACUGCAUUACAACAGCACUGCAUUACAACAGCACUGCAUUACAACAGCACUGCAUUACAACAGCACUGCAUUACAACAGCACUGCAUUACAACAGCACUGCAUUACAACAGCACUGCAUUACAACAGCACUGCAUUACAACAGCACUGCAUUACAACAGCACUGCAUUACAACAGCACUGCAUUACAACAGCACUGCAUUACAACAGCACUGCAUUACAACAGCACUGCAUUACAACAGCACUGCAUUACAACAGCACUGCAUUACAACAGCACUGCAUUACAACAGCACUGCAUUACAACAGCACUGCAUUACAACAGCACUGCAUUACAACAGCACUGCAUUACAACAGCACUGCAUUACAACAGCACUGCAUUACAACAGCACUGCAUUACAACAGCACUGCAUUACAACAGCACUGCAUUACAACAGCACUGCAUUACAACAGCACUGCAUUACAACAGCACUGCAUUACAACAGCACUGCAUUACAACAGCACUGCAUUACAACAGCACUGCAUUACAACAGCACUGCAUUACAACAGCACUGCAUUACAACAGCACUGCAUUACAACAGCACUGCAUUACAACAGCACUGCAUUACAACAGCACUGCAUUACAACAGCACUGCAUUACAACAGCACUGCAUUACAACAGCACUGCAUUACAACAGCACUGCAUUACAACAGCACUGCAUUACAACAGCACUGCAUUACAACAGCACUGCAUUACAACAGCACUGCAUUACAACAGCACUGCAUUACAACAGCACUGCAUUACAACAGCACUGCAUUACAACAGCACUGCAUUACAACAGCACUGCAUUACAACAGCACUGCAUUACAACAGCACUGCAUUACAACAGCACUGCAUUACAACAGCACUGCAUUACAACAGCACUGCAUUACAACAGCACUGCAUUACAACAGCACUGCAUUACAACAGCACUGCAUUACAACAGCACUGCAUUACAACAGCACUGCAUUACAACAGCACUGCAUUACAACAGCACUGCAUUACAACAGCACUGCAUUACAACAGCACUGCAUUACAACAGCACUGCAUUACAACAGCACUGCAUUACAACAGCACUGCAUUACAACAGCACUGCAUUACAACAGCACUGCAUUACAACAGCACUGCAUUACAACAGCACUGCAUUACAACAGCACUGCCAUAUAUCUUACCUGCGUGCCUCUCACCUUAG